GUAUGAAAAAAGCAGUGGUGAACCUUCCUGAUCAGAACUGGUGCAAUUCUAAUCUUUCCUACAAAGGGGUUCUGGCAGAAGAAAUGAUAUGUGCUGUAUAUGCACCAGGUGGAAUUGAUACUUGUCAGGGAGACAGGGGCGGUCCUUUGACCUGUGAGGGUGAUGAUGGUCGAUGGCAUCUGGUCGGAACAACAAUAUUUGAAGGAGGAUGCGCAGGAUCACUCUUGCCCGGCGUCUUCACUCGAAUCUCACAGUUUCAGUCAUUUAUUACAGCUGUGGUUUCAGGAGCAAUAACACCGGGUGUUACUGAAAUCACCCUUGAGCGUGCCGUCCCAGUGAACAUCACUUCUCCAAAUUACCCUUCCGACUACAACAUCGGUGAUAACAUCGUCUGGAAGGUAUCAGCCCCUGUCAACCACAGCGUCAGGCUGGACAUCGUCGACUUCGCUACCGAAUCGAACUUCGACUUCUUGUUUGUGGGCGAUGGACUGACGCCACUGAGUUACACAGAACUUGCGAGGCUGACGGGCUAUGGGUUAAGGUCGACUGUGACGUCACAUGGCCGCCAUAUGUGGCUCAAAUUCUCCAGUAAUUACGAACUUACUAACGUUGGAUUCAUGGCAACACUGAACGCUGUGGAUCCGAGAGAUGACAAUCCUCUAAUCUUGGUGAACGGAUCUACGCUCCAACAGCUCCGCUCACCAGACUUUCCUCAUGAUGCAAGCGACAGCGUGUACGAGAUUUGGCGGAUAAUGGCUCCUCAGGAUUACAGCGUGAGGGCGCGUUUCGACUUCUUUAACAUCACCGACGGUUCUUCGCUUACCGUGGGCUACGGCUGGAGUCCUUUAGUACCCACAAUUCUAGUGGAGUUGACUGGAAGUGAAUUGCCUGAAGAUAUUACCUCACCCACUCGAAAAUUGUGGUUUAGAUUUGUGUCGGAUACUGGGGACUUCAGUAGAAGGAAACGAAGAGCGGUCGGUUCGCUUAUGGGAAGUGGAUUCUUAGUGAAUCUAACAGCAGACAGGACUGAAGAUAUCAACGAGUGCCUGAGUAACCCUUGUCAUAAUGGAGGCACGUGUUCAGACAUCGAUGGCGGUUUCCAGUGCUUUUGUCUCGAAGGCUUUAAAGGGGAUUACUGUCAAACAGAGGAGAAUGAGUGUCAGAGCAAUCCGUGCCAAAACAAUGCCUCCUGCGAAGAUGGAAUAAACACUUUUACUUGCCGAUGCCCCAAUGGUUUCACUGGAUUGUAUUGCGAGACUAUCUUAGAGGAGAAUGAGUGUCAGAGCAAUCCGUGCCAAAACAAUGCCUCCUGCGAAGAUGGAAUAAACACUUUUACUUGCCGAUGCCCCAAUGGUUUCACUGGAUUGUAUUGCGAGACUAUCUUAGAUACCAGCAUCUCUGUGAUAGAAAGUGAAUGGAACGAAAUCACUGUCAUAUCUUCACCCGGCUAUCCAUCCUACUACGACUCGAACCUCGACCUUACUUGGGUACUCACGGCUCCAGAGGGUCACAUCCUCCAGAUACAGAUCCUACACCUGGCCCUAGAGACGGACUACGAUUACUUGUACAUUGGUUCUGGGCCUGGUCCCAAUGAACCUGGUUCUUGGGUGCUUCAGAAACUGACCGGGUAUAACUAUUCCAGUGCACUCGCUACACCCGGUCACUCUAUGUGGGUCAGGUUUACCACGGAUGUCUCAAGGGGUGAUAUUGGCUUCAGUCUUCGUGCCACAGCUAUACUAAACCCUGAAUGCAGCAGCGGUCAAAUGCAAUGUUCGAGUGGACUGUGUAUCAGCGAAUCGGCAAGGUGUGACGGAAAUAACGACUGUCUCGAUUUCUCAGAUGAGGAAUACUGUCCGUACUGCGAACAAGUUCAUUUAGAUAUAUGUAGACAGAGCCUGGCCUACAAUUUGACUUUUUUCCCGAAUCGGAACGCAGAGACAGCAGACGCUGCAGCGGGAGGCUUUAAAGACAUGGCAGAUACUAUAUCAUCGUGCCAUGAUCACCUGUUCCCUUUCAUGUGCACCGUAUACUAUCCGGAAUGCACCCAUAACGGCCCCACCCAUCGGGUGUGCUACUCCGACUGUUUAGCAGUCACUGAUGCCUGCAAGGCAUCCUUUGAGCAACUCCUCGACCGCCCUUGGCCCGUCAACUGUUCCAUGUUUACCGAUGAACAGGAGGAAGAUGGGAGCUGUUUUGGCCCUGCGGGAGAUCUUUUGGAUACCAACAUAUGCGGGACACGCCCUGCAUACGCCCCCGACCAAUCCAGGGUUGUUGGUGGUAUCAACGCACGCCCCGUGGAAUUCCCUUGGAUUGGUUCACUCCGCCUCGAAGGAUUGGAUUUUGGAUUUGGAGGACAUUGGUGUGGGUCUACCCUGAUCAACUCUCAAUGGGUUCUUACCGCAGCUCACUGCGUUGAUUACUACGUCGAUCGUGUAGUUUUUGGGAACGCACAUUUGACGGAUGACUCCGACAACGAGGUAGCGGUUGAGGUGGCUGAUAUUUUUGUCCAUCCCGAGUACUACAUCUCUACGCUCAUCAACGACAUCGCUCUGAUACGACUUGCUGAACCGGUGACAUUCAGUGACUACGUUACACCCGCGUGUCUGUCGGAAUCCUCGAAUGAACUCAAGGACUAUCGUCGCUGCCUCGUCGCUGGAUGGGGAACUACACUGGAAGGCCCACCGUUGACGGUGAGCAUGAAAAAAGCAGUGGUGAACCUUCUUGAUCGAAACUGGUGCAAUUCUAAUCUUUCCUACGACGGGGCUGUGGCAGAAGAAAUGAUAUGUGCUGGAUAUGCGCCAGGUGGAAUUGAUGCUUGUAAGGGAGACAGCGGCGGGCCUUUGACCUGUGAGGGUGAUGAUGGUCGGUGGCAUCUAGUCGGAACAACAAUCUUUGGAGGAGAAUGCGCAAAAUCACUCUCGCCCGGCGUCUACACCCGAAUCUCACAGUUCCAGUCAUUUAUUACAGCUGUGGUUUCAGGAGCAAUAACACCGGGUGUUACUGAAAUCACCCUUGAGCGUGCCGUCCCAGUGAACAUCACUUCUCCAAAUUACCCUUCCAACUACAACGUCGGUGAUAACAUCGUCUGGAAGGUAUCAGCCCCUGUCAACCACAGCGUCAGGCUGGGCAUCGUCGACUUCGCUAUCGAAUCGAACAUCGACUGCUUGUUCGUGGGCGAUGGACUGACGCCACUGAGUUACACAGAGCUUGCGAGGCUCACGGGCUAUGGGUUAAGGUCGAUUGUGACGUCACAUAGCCGCCAUAUGUGGCUAAAAUUCUCCAGUAAUUACGAACGUACAGACGUUGGGUUCAUGGCAACACUGAACGCUGUGGAUCCGAGAGAUGACAAUCCUCUAAUCUUGGUGAACGAGUCUACGGUCCAACAGCUCCGCUCACCAGACUUUCCUUUUGAUGCAAGCGACAGCGUGCACGAGAUUUGGCGGAUAAUGGCUCCUCAGGAUUACAGCGUGAGGGCGCGUUUCGACUUCUUUAACCUCACCAACGGUUCUUCGCUUACCGUGGGCUACGGAUCGAGUCCUUUAAUAACCACAAUCCUAGUGGAGUUGACUGGAAGUGAAUUGCCUGAAGAUAUUACUUCCCCCAAUCGAAAAUUGUGGUUUAGAUUUGUGUCGGAUACUGGGGACUCCAGUAGAAGGAAACGAAGAGUGGUCGGUUCGUUUAUGGGAAGAGGAUUCUUGGUGAAUCUAACAGUAGAAAGGACUGAAGAUAUCAACGAGUGCCUGAGUAACCCUUGUCAUAAUGGAGGCACGUGUUCAGACAUCGAUGGAGGUUUCCAGUGCUUCUGUCCCGAAGGCUUCAAAGGGGAUUACUGUCAAACAGGUCAGGACAAUACAAAUGGACUCGAUACCCUCAAGACAUAGCACCACGAAGAGAUAGCUAGACAAGAAUAUAAUCAUUCAGUAAGGCAGUGGUGUAGCGGGGGCCUCUGGCAUUACUGGGAUUGUCAGUAAUUUUAUUAGAUGGAUGAAGUAUAAAUUGUCGAGGCUACCAACGAGGGGGAACGAGGCACGUUUUGUUCGUUGUAUACAUCGUGCCCCUUGCAUCUACUUCAUUGGAGAGAUUUGUUCUUCAAAGUCAUGAAAAAGAUAUUGAAUACGGGAAACGGGAUACAUGUGUAUAUUAAACCUCUCUAUUUACCACGUGAAAAUGUGGCAGAUCUCUAAUUGGCUCAAAAUACCGAACCAUAACUUGAAUGAUAAUUUUUUUUCACGCUGUUCGAUAGACAUUGAAUAGAACAUAUCAAACUAGUUUAUCCAAUUCACAUGAGCUACAAUGAUGAAACUUGGUCAGGUUUGUUUUUCCCUUCAAUACUGACAUUAUUACAACGUAUUGCUUUUUCUAUUACGGUAAUGGGGUUUGGUCCUCUCAACAGUACGUAAAUAUGUCAAAACAUCUGGAAUUUAAUCCGAAAUAUACGAGAUAAUACAGAUUUUUUUUCUAUCAAAGUCCAAAUGUUUUUUUUUUUUUUUUUUUUACAUAUCCCUUACAAGGUAUAUGUGCAUUUUUAUAGAUGAAAUAAAUCAGAUGAAAUAAUGAUGUAUUCCGGGGCCUACUAAACGCCCCUGUACUGUUUUUUUGUGUGUAGGUCUGCUGGUUUCCAAACACGUCAAAUCCCCCUUUCCUUUUUGUUUGUUUGUAUUCUCUAAUAUAGAAAUUAUAUCUUAAAUGUUUCAUAUUUGUGGUGAUAGAAAAAUAAUUAUAACAUAUAUAAAAAAAUAAAAAAAAUUACUAUAUGUAGUCUAAUACAUUCGUGCUGCACUCGUUGCUUUGUUUUUAUGUUAAAGUCAGGUGAUGUUUAUCAAUACUGGGAAAAUUAGAUUUGUAUAACUUAUUUAUAGAGAGUAAUCUGAAAUUAGAGUGUGGUGAAUGUACACUUUCUCCUUUAACAAUUUUAAUGUGUAUGGUUCAUGGUUCAUGUCCUUGACUUUGAAUCGGGAGGUUGAGGGUUCGAAUCUUUGCCGGAUGCGUACACUGGCAUUUGACUAGGCAUUUGAUCAAUACUUGCCUCUCUCGACGUUACUAUGAACAUAGUACAUGUAUAAGGAAAACGAUUAUGUCGUUUUUUAUUUUAUUUUUAACGAAGGCUCAUAUUCACAAGUAUGUCGAUGACACAUGAUUGUGUUAUCAAGCUUCAUUUUGUGUGUACUGUAGCAUAUUUAACUCUACUCUCGAUCUAUUUUUCGUUGUUUAUUGACUUUGACAUAAUACCCUUGAUCCCUUUUCCUUUUUUCUUUUUCUUUCCAAUCUGUACAUAUACCAUAUAUUCCUACUUGACCUCCGCACUCAGAGAGCAAUAACUCAUUGAUGUCUCGAUUUGUUGUCAGCUUGGGUUAGUCCAUAUUAGAUCACCCUCUCAUGGGCGGGUUGAUUUUUGCUCAAGUGAUACAUAUUUUCGCACAUACGUUGAGUUUGUUAGCUCACCCGGUGUGAUGGGGAUGUGCGCAACUUCGGGUAUGCUUGUUGUAGUCAUCCAUGCUGUGGUCGAUGCAUCGUUGGGUAGUUGUUCUCUGAGAGUAUUUUGUAAAUGGUUUUAUAUAUACCAUAUUUGUUGUUGUAUUCAUGAAUCAGUUAUCUUUGUCACAUCACAUGAGGGG